CAAGCGGGGGGGCGGGGUGAAUUCCAUUUACAGGUGGCCUCUUGCCCGCCCGCCCGCCUGCCUCUGGGCGCAGAUGGUACGUUCCGAGGACAGAAUGGCCGCCGCGGUAGCCGGAGGUUCCAAUCGAAUCCUGCGGGAGACAAUCAAACGUUCCAUGCUGCGCUCAGCUGCCGCGGCGCUCGACUGCUGGAGCUGCCCGCACGGAGCAAAGCGAUAUCUGCUAACAGAUGAUAUUAUACGAUUGCAAGAAUUUCAGCAGAAGAAGAUAGCAACUGAACAUCAAAUUUAUGGCAAUAGAGAUUCAUAUUUUAGAAAUAUUGAAGAAAAAUUGAAGAAAAAUGGAAUAAUCCUCAAAGAUGAGUUAAAAACAUUGCUGCAUUUGUGCCAGACACCAGACGAUGUGGAAAUAGCUAAAAAUGUUAUUUACAGGUACCAUACAGAGAACAGAAAUGUGGCCUUUGGUGAGUUUAAAUUUGGACCCCUUUUUAUGAGGCUGUGUUAUGAGCUGGACCUUGAAGUACCUGCAAUAGAACUCAUCAAAGAUCAGACUCUGCACGGCUUCUUCUCUGAUAGCACAUCAUUCAAUAUUUUGAUGGAUAUGUUGUUUAAAAAAGGUCAUUACGAAAGUGCCUUGGAAGUGCUGGGAGAAAUGAAAAAACAACAUAUAAAAUUCAUCAAAGAUACCUAUUUACUUGCAUUUGCAAUAUGCUACAAACUGAACAGUCCAGAGUCUUGCAAAAUCUGCACAAAGUUACUUGAAGAGGCUCAGUUAAAAGGAGAGAACAUGUCAAGACGAGCAUACUGCUUUGCUGUAGCAUUUGCUCUGAAACAGAAUGAUGUGGUAAAAGCCCGGUCCUUUUAUUCUCAGAUCAUGAACACAGAGAGCAGACUAUGCAGUAAUCUGAAUAUUCUUGUACUGGCCAAGUCUGGGGCACUAGAAGACCUUAUGCAGAUACUGGAGGCAGCAUUGGAUAUGGGUGUUUCACAAUUGGUGAAAAGAACUGAGUUUUCUGAGCAGGUGCUGGCUACAGUCAGGGAAGAGUUGGAGGAAAACUCUGUUUUUCGUGCCAGAUUAGAAGAUAUCUGUGCCAAGCUGCAAGCAUCAGGACAGGUAACCAAGCUGACUCUGGACGACAUGCUGUGCCAGAUUUCUUAUGGAAAGAAGCGCCAUAUGCAGUUAUUAAAGCAAAGGCAAGUGAGCCGUCGGACUUUCAGACCACUUAAAUCGGCUCUGUUAGCUGAGUAGUUCUAUAUUUGAAUGCAAAUUGUACUAACAAUAGCAUCACUUCAAAAAAUGUGUGAAUAAAGCAUCUCUUCUUCCCUUCCCCUGCAGACAGAUGUUUUAAGCCAUUUGUCUGAAACAGUGUUGUGUUUUCUGACUACUAGCCGUGCACACCCAACCAGGGAUCUGAGAGUCAAGCAGAGUUCUUUCUUUCUUGUGUGGUCUCCCCAGUAAUAAAAGUUAUGAUUCCAAGUUAUGACCUUGGUGAUCUAUGUAUCUCUAUUGCUUUUGCACGUGUCGAAACAAUUGGCCCUGUAAAUGGAAGUUAGUAAAUAAUCCAAUAGACAUACAAGAAAGAAUAGAAUCCAACUCAGUCUCCUCUGUGUUGGCUUUGCAGAAGUAGCAGGAGUAAAAGCUUAGGCUCUGAUCUUGCAAUAAAAUCCACACUGGCAGCCCCCUGCCCCUAUAUGUAGCCUCACUGAAGUCAGUGGUGCUCCAUGCUGAAACAGGACUCCGUCCAUUCAGGAUCAAAGGCGUAGUCAUUCAAGUGAGCCAGUAUGACUCUGAAAACACGUGGGGAGCAGGUUGUGUAAAACUGGCAUUGUCUUAUUCGACCAAUCAACUUCUUAGUGCAGAAUUCCACUCCCGGCUCUGGCAAUACAAUACAUUUUAUAACUGACACACAUGUUCACUCUAUCAACUUGACUUUUGUUCAGUAAGUCUCCUUCUGCUUUGUCCCCUUAGCAUUGUAAUCAUUAGUUACUAUGGAAAUGGUGUUGUGGGUAUGGGCUUGGUUUUGUGACCUCCACAAGUGCAGCAUAAAGGAUUUACCUAAUUUGAAGUUCAUACCGUGAUUUGAGACAUGUAGGAGUCUGUGUGCUGAUUUCAUGACCACAUACAUGUGGUCAAGAUAAAAUGCCACACACACACAUUUGUGUUGGUAUUACAGUUGGUUUUGGAAGACUUGUUCUGAUGCGCAACAUGUUUAACUUUUUGUUAUAUAUGUAAUUCAUUGGCUUACUGAUUCAGGACAACUUUCUUCUCCUCAGUUGGGAAUUUUCUCACUAGUUCUAACUCAAUACAGACACUAAAGAAGCUUAGAAUAUUUUCUUUUGAAAUAAAAAUUCACACAAUAUUUGUAAAUAUAUUUAAUAAAGACUGCAUUUCAAUGCAGUAAUGGCUAAACGUUAGUUGAAGGUAGACUGAAAGGAGCAGAGAAUUGUGUAUGCACUCAGAAGGAUGCAUUUGACAUGUAGGCGAAAAAUAGCUUGAUGUAAAAUGCACUUUUAUGUAUAAUAAAAAAUAGUCUGACUUGUCUUUGUUACAUUAUUAAUGUGUCUUCAGUUUUGCUAGAUUACUUUUGCUAAAUCUCCAAAUGUAUGUUUAGUACAAAAAUAUGUGCUCCUUGUAUGGCUGCUGUUCCCUGAUAUGUAUGUCAGUAUUCUGCACAUCAGCUUUCCUGAUUGGUCGGGCCGCUCUUUCGUUUUUCAAACCAAUCCAACCACUAUCCUGUACGUGACUUGGAAGUUUUUUUUUUAUGUUAUCUUGUGUCACUAAAGUCCACCAUUAGCACAGGUCAUGGCUGACUAAUCCUCCACCUUUGCUCUUCUUUACUCUUGCCAGAGUGGAGGACAAAGCCACCAGGUCAUGGUUAGUCACCAGCUUCCAUCUGCCCAAACAAGUGUUUCUGUCAGUCUGUCUCCCCCAUCCCUGCUGCAUUGAUUAGGAUGGAGGUGAAUACCAUGGCAUGGCAUGAGGGGCAUUUCUCCACUCUGGUUGUUCCCAUCGCUCUAUUGAACAUGGAGGGUAUGAACACAGAGGUAAGAGAAAUGGGGACCAGAGAGAGGGUUGCUGAAACCAGGUUACACUCCCUAAUCCUCGGGGGCAGGAGGGAAAAACCAUGACUAUGGUAAUUGAAUCUGGUACCUCUUGAUGGUUAUUUGUAAGCGAGGCAAAGAUGCGAUGAUCUCACCAGGGGUGGAAUAUGGUAACUGAGAAUGUAUAAAAUGGGAAGCACAUGUUUAUAGGAGGAGAGGCAGAAAUCCUCUUUUGCAGAUAGCUAGCCCUAGAACAAAGCAAGAAUGAAAAAAUGCCUAGACUAACUCUUGUUGGUACUUUAAAACACAUGUACUUUACCUGCUAGAUAUCCCUUAGGUAAUAAAAUCAAGCAUACAUCAGUAUUAGAUUAAUAAUCUCCUAGCAGUAGAAGCUGUCUUCCCCCCACCCGUAUGCUAUUAGUCUGUAAUGAGUAUUGAUAGUGUUUUUGAAAGGUUUGAAAAUCAUGGAAAGAAACAUAUGAUGCAAAAAAGAGAGAGUCCAUCUUGGAGAAAAGCUCUCCUAGAAUUGCUGCAUACCACACCAGCAGCACCACCACCACCUUCCAAAAAACAAGGGAACUAACUACCUGAGGGAAGUGUGGAUUUAGUAAACAUGAGCUGGUGUAAUUCAGCACAGUAAUAAAAUUAGAGGGCUUAAUGAUGGUGGCCCAAAAUUGUGUAGUAUAAAGAAUAGAUAACGCCUUAGUGGAAAAUAAAGGAGGCAGCCAAAUAAGAAAAAAAAAAAAUAAAGGUUGCUAAAAUUCAGAAUGUUAAUACUUGCCAAGAUGUUUCCUAUAAUCUUUCUAGAACAGUCUUAAACUGGGAACAUAUUCAUAUAUCAAAAAAGAUAAGAGUACAAGCAAACCCUAUGGUUAUGUUCUUAUGCUUUGUUACAUACAUGCGCAGUUAUGUUUAAAUUAAAUGUAGUCAAGUUUUAAGCAAGUUGCCAGUGGUCUCACAAAUUGUGCAUAUCCUGGAGUUAUGUGAUCAAAAAACCUCAGUGUAUUAUAAUAUUGCCUACUAAUUUAGGGCUCAGCCGAGCAAAGUGCUGACCACUCUGGCUCUGAUUCAGCCGCACACUUAACGUGCUUAUUACAAGUAUGUGCGAGUAGUGUGACAAUGCGGGCCAUGUGAGCCGUCAGUGAAACUACUCAUGCUUAAAACUAAGCACAUGUUUAAAGUGUUUUUCUGGAUUGGAGUCAGAAUGCUCAGAAUCCUGGGGAAUCAAGCCUUUCGCAGGUACCAAUGUACCCAUCUAUUAUACAAUACACUGUACAAUAUUGCAGCCAGACAACAGCAAAAUAUCAUACAAACUAAAAAUCAUUAGAAUAAAAAAUGUGUGAAGACAAGCCAUAAAAACAAAGAGAAACCAAUGUCACGAAACUCAACUGGUAGAGUUAUCUUGCUUGACAGAUGACUGCAAAAGAAAGGAAAUAUUCUAUUUCAAAGUAAUAAAUCAUUGGAUGACAUUUCCUUAUGUUUAUCUUUACUGUGUUAUUCACGCAAUAGAUAAAUGAUGGAUCAUGCAGUUUUAACAGUUGAUAGUCUGGCUCUAUCAUGCAUUAUGUAUUUUUAUUUUUUAAAUAAACUAAAAUCCUUUUUCUGCACAG